AUGUUUUCGGGGGUGACAAGUCUGGUGAACAGGGGACACAAGAUUAAGGGCACGGUGGUGCUGAUGCGCAAGAACGUCCUUGACGUCAACUCCCUUACCAGCGCUCAGGGACUCAUCGGUCAAGGCGUCGGCCUCGUCGGCUCAACCAUCGAUAAUCUCACUGCCUUCUUGGGCCGCUCUGUCUCCCUCCACCUCAUUAGUGCCACCAAACCAGAUGAGAAUGGGAAGGGCAAAGUUGGAAAGAGCACGUUUUUGGAAGGUAUAAUAUCUUCGUUGCCAACAUUGGGAGCAGGGCAAUCUGCCUUCACCAUUCAUUUCGAAUGGGAUGAUGGUGAGAUGGGAAUUCCAGGAGCAUUUUACAUCAAGAAUUUCAUGCAAACCGAGUUCUUCCUCCUCACUUUGACUCUUGAAGACAUUCCAAACCAUCCAAAUCUCAAAAUCCACUUUGUUUGCAACUCCUGGAUUUAUAAUGCUAAAAACUACAAAACCGAUCGUAUUUUCUUUUCCAACAAGACAUAUCUUCCAGGUGACACGCCAGCACCACUUGUAAAGUACAGGGAAGAUGAAUUGGAGAAUUUAAGAGGAGAUGGAAAAGGAGAGCGCAAAGAAUAUGAUAGGAUCUAUGAUUAUGAUGUUUACAAUGAUUUGGGGAAUCCAGAUAGCAAUGAAAAAUAUGCUCGCCCUGUUCUUGGAGGAUCUACUUUACCUUACCCUCGUAGAGGAAGAACAGGAAGGCCACCUACUAACAAAGAUCCUAAGAGUGAGAAACGGAGCGAUUUUGUUUACCUACCAAGGGACGAAGCAUUUGGUCACUUGAAGUCAUCAGAUUUUCUAACUUAUGGACUAAAAUCUGUAGCCCAAGAUGUGAUGCCUGUUCUCACAGAUGCAUUUGAUGCAAAUAUCUUAACUCUUGAGUUUGAUAAUUUUGCUGAAGUGGAUAAACUCUAUACGGGUGGAAUUACACUACCUACAAACUUUCUCAGCAAGUUUUCCCCUUUGCCAGUACUCAAGGAAAUUCUACGAACAGAUGGUGAACAAUUCCUUAAAUAUCCACCACCCAAAGUCAUGCAAGUGAAUAAAUCUGCAUGGAUGACUGAUGAAGAAUUUUCUAGAGAAACACUUGCUGGUGUAAAUCCUAAUGUCAUUAAGAGUCUUGAGGAGUUUCCACCAGGUAGCAAGCUAGAUAGUAAAGUCUAUGGUGAUCAUACUAGUACAAUGAAAAAAGAACAUUUAGAGCCUAACUUAGGAGGGCUUACUGUAGAACAGGCUAUUGAGAAGAAGAAAUUGUUCAUUCUCGAUCACCAUGACUAUCUGAUUCCAUAUUUGAGAAGAAUAAAUUCAAGCAAGACAAAGGCCUAUGCUACAAGGACUAUUUUCUUCUUGAAAGAUGAUGGAACUUUAAAGCCACUGGCCAUUGAGUUAAGCAAGCCACAUCCUCAAGGAGAAGAGCAUGGUCCUGUGAGUGAUGUCUAUCUACCAGCACAUGAAGGAGUUGAAGGUUAUAUUUGGGUACUGGCCAAGGCAUAUGUUGUUGUAAAUGACUCAUGCUAUCACCAACUUGUUAGUCAUUGGUUAAACACUCAUGCAGUUGUUGAACCAUUUGUGAUAGCAACAAAUAGGCAUCUGAGUGUGGUUCACCCCAUUAAUAAACUACUUUCCCCACACUACCGUGACACCAUGAAUAUAAAUUCACUUGCUCGGAAAGCCUUGAUUAAUGCAGAUGGUAUUAUAGAACAAACAUUCUUGUGGGGUAGAUAUGCUUUGGAAAUGUCUGCUGUACUCUAUAAGGAUUGGGUUUUUCUAGAUCAAGCAUUACCUAAUGAUCUCAUCAAGAGAGGAGUGGCAGUUAAGGAUUCAUCUUCUCCCCAUGGUGUCCACCUUGUGAUUGAGGAUUACCCUUAUGCUUCUGAUGGAUUAGAAAUAUGGGAUGCUAUUAAAUCAUGGGUUAAAGAGUAUGUGUUCUUUUACUACAACUCAGAUGAUGCACUAAAACAAGACACUGAACUCCAAGAAUGGUGGAAAGAGCUUGUAGAAGUAGGUCAUGGUGACAAGAAGAAUGAGACAUGGUGGCCAAAGAUGGAAACUCGAAACGAGUUGAUUGAAGCUUCAACCACUCUCAUAUGGAUUGCUUCAGCACUUCAUGCAGCUAUUAAUUUUGGCCAAUACCCUUAUGGAGGUUACAUUCUUAACCGUCCAACACUUAGCAGAAGAUUCAUGCCUGAGAAAGGGUCUCCUGAGUAUGAUGAAUUGGCUAAGAAUCAUGAGAAGGAGUUUUUGAAAACAAUCACAGGGAAGAAAGAGACACUAAUUGAUCUUACCGUUAUUGAAAUUUUGUCAAGGCAUGCUUCUGAUGAGUCCUACCUUGGACAAAGGGAUGAUGGUGACUUUUGGACUUGUGAUACUGAGGCAUUAGAUGCCUUUAAGAGAUUUGGAAAGAAACUUGCAGAGACUGAACAAAGAUUGAUGCAGAAGAACAAUGAUGGAUCAUUGAAAAAUCGUUCUGGACCAGCUAAGAUGCCUUACACUUUGCUUUAUCCUUCUAGUGAGGAAGGGUUGACUUUCAGAGGAAUUCCAAAUAGUAUCUCUAUCUAAUGAGUCUAUCAUGAUGACGACUUUAAUGAUGUCUUUAAAUAAAAGGAAUCUGAUUCCUUAUUAGCUUCAUCCACCUAUGUUUGUGUUGUCAUUUGUAUUCAGUAGUUUUAAUUUGAUGCUAAUUAAUAAGAAAGUUGUAUCUGUUUUUUGCAUAA